AACGGUCAUCCAUCAUCUUCAUCAGUCGCCCAACCUUCCUGCGAAGAUGAAUCAGGUGCUCUGAAACCUCGGAAACUCAACCACUACCAAAUCAAGGUUCACAAGCUUUUGGAGGACUUUUUAGAGAAGACGAUUGAUAUAGUGAGUGACACAACCGAUGUGACUCCUGAAGAUCCCAGUAGUUGCAGUGAAGGUGGAAUUAGGCUGUUUAAACAUGCACCUCCUGGGAUAGCUGUUGACAACACAGAUGAACUUUAUAAGAAUAGGAAAAAGCCUAGAAUUCUUCCUGGAACAGAACUUGAAGAGGGGUCGAAGGAGUUCAAAAGGCGGAUCAGGUCAGUUUCUGUUGCAGGAAUGGAUAUAAUAGCUGCAGCUAAAGAUGCAACUCAGAAAUCAAAGGCGAGAUUGGAAGCCAGAGAUGCAGCUACCAGAUCAUAUCUUCAAAGAGAGGAAGAACGCGUUGCAGAACUAAAGAAAAUAAGGGGGGAGAAAUGGCUGCCUUCUCUUGCUCCUAUAGACUUGCAGCAAAAACUCAAAGGGAAUUGUUGAUGCAGUGAUUAUGAUGUUACUCCUUCCAUCUACAUUUUGUAGCAUUUUUAGGCUAUAUUUGGCACAACGAGCUGAAACUGGAGACUCUGAAUUUAGAGCUGUUGUCCGAAUUAAAGACUAUUGUCUGAAACUGAAUUAUGAAGUGUUGAAUCUGAAUAGAAUAUACUCAUUUGUCAAAAAGAGCUGAUAUGGUGACUAGAAAAUACAAAAUUAC